GACGGGCCUCAAAUCAGCUGGUGGAUGUAAACACGGACCGCUGACAGCGUGGCCAUUGCUCAGAGCGGCUUAUUUUAGUGUUAUUAAGCGGCAUUACGGCGUUUUUAGGUCCUCUUAGCGUUAUAUUGGUGCCGUGGUGGCCAUUAGAGGAAGCUGAGGACCCGGGGGCGUGGUACAGAAGGAGUGGAGGCAGUGAGUGGAGCACGGCUGACACAUCACACUCAAAGCCUGUUACACAAUGGCCAAUCGUGCCAUGGCCCACAGGCGCAAGUGGGCGUUGGAUUUGGCGGGGCGGCGGGGGGAGCGAGGCGUGGACAGCCUGCCCGCCCCCCCAGGGUACCGCGCCUCCAUGGGCCAGGUGCACACUGAGGCCAGCCGACAGGGGGACCCAAACCUGGUGAUCAAGAAAGCCUGGGACACUGCCCUCAGCCCCCUCAAGUCUGUGCCGAUGAACCUGUUUCUGAUGUUCAUGGCUGGCAACAGCAUCAGCAUCUUCCCGAUCAUGAUGGUGGGCAUGAUGCUGCUGCGGCCCAUCAAGGCGCUGUGGGCCACCACCGCCACCUUCAGGACCAUUGAGGGGGGGCAUGCCGGACUGCAGAAACUGAUCUACCUACUGGGCAACCUGGUCAACGUGGGUUUGGCCCUGUACAAGUGUCACAGCAUGGGACUUCUGCCCACCCACGCUUCUGACUGGCUAGCCUUCCAAGAGCCAGCCAUACAGAUGGAGUAUUCCCAUGGCGGCAUGAUGCUGGCUUAGGGGGAAGGGGGGGAGGCAGGCUGGAGGGAUUGUAAGGUGAUGGAAGGGAAGUUGAGAGGGAGGGGGUGAUGCGACAGGAAAGUGAGGGCUGUGAGAGGGGCGGAAGCAGGUUAUUGUAGGCAAGGUUAGAGGAGUGAGAGGGAAGUAGAGAAGGGUUGAGGCAGGCCAUUGUUUGUUAUAAGUGGAGGAGAGAGAGGGGUGGAGGCAGAGAGAUGAAAAGUGCAUUGAAUAGAUAUUGUACAAAGUGGAAAUAAGAGAUGACAAAGAGGGUGAGGGCUUGGCAGAGAAAGGAGAGGUGAAAUAAUAUGACAUGGAAGAGGUAGGAGCUAUUGAAUGUGGCAAAAAUAGGGUAAAGAAGAAAAUGGAGAUGAAUAACUAAUUGAGAUGGUUGGGAGAGAGGACGUAAUAGAAGAUAGAAAAGCUGGGAAAUCUAAAGGCAAUGGAGAGAUGAUCUAUGUAUGGUGUGAGGGCGGAGAGGAUAUGUGAGGAAGGGGUGUUAAUGGAAAGACAGACAAGAGGUAGAGGUAUAGGGUGAAGAGAUGUGCAACCCAGUUAUGUAUUGUGUCUAGUGUAAAUGAUUUGAGUUCAGAAAGUUUAUGGUUAUGUACAUAGGUAUCUGUGGCCCAUUUUGGUGUGUGUGUGUGUGUGUGUGUGUGUGUGUGUGUGUGUGU